CCAACGGURCUACCCAGACUGGCUUAAGCUUCUGUUUAAAUCAGAAAUCAAACCAAUGUUGCUAUAGUCAAUGUCAUCAGCUUUUCGUCAAUGASCACCUUAUGAACUCAUAGAAAAGCAAAGUUUCUUUUCAUUUAAAAGCGAMAKUUGAAACGAUGGAUAAUCUUAGCCAUACCCAAAAUGCCACCAAUGCAACAUUUCCAGGAGAUAUAAAAAUGGAUUUAUAUCAGGGAACAGCAAUUGUAGCAAUGAACUUGCUCCUUUCCUGCAUUGGAACAUUUGGGAAUUUCUUGAUCAUUAUUGCWGUUCUAAAGACACCUCAACUUCGACAAAAGCCGUCCAACCACCUUCUCCUAAGUUUGGCCGUAGCCGACAUGAUAGUGACUAUGGUUGCACAGCCAUUAUUUGCCACUUCUAUCUCCAUCAUAACGAUCCAUGAAAGCUGCAGCAUAUCGGUUAGCGUAGCGUACUUAACCGCCACUUCGUUCUCUGGAUGUUGUUCGACCCUUCACCUUGCUGCCAUCAGUGUUGACCGAGCAAUAUCUACCGUUAAACCCCACCAACACCGGGAUAUUAUGAGGAAAUGGUGUAACGUAAUACUGGUCUUUAUUUGGGGAUCAGCUAUUACAUAUGGUAGUCUGUUUGUGAAAUUUCCAGAAGUGAAGAUAGUUUCCCAUGUAUCUUUGGUAUCAUGUUUUACCAUUAUGACUUGCUCAUAUGGGACAAUCAUCUACAAGAUCAAAACCCCUAGUGGUGUAGCGACAGAGGCUUUCAAUGCUCGYGAAAGAGCGUUAGAGAAACGGGUCUCUGGGACUAUUGCUAUCGUUAUCUUACUAUUCGCUUUCUGCUGGUUCCCUAUAGUUGUCUACAACCUGUAUCAACCCAAUUAUUCAAUGAUAUGCUCAUUUGAUGUGAAGCUUACUUGGAUUCGCUCUCUACUGUUAGCCAAUUCUUCGAUGAAUUUUAUUGUGUACAGUUUAAGAAUUCGACAGUUCCGUGCUGCUUUCAUAAGAUUAAUUAAUAAAAGUGUUCGACCUUUGAUGCAGACAACAAGGCUGUGUUUUCGAGACAAUAGAAGUGUAGAAGACGGCUUAACUGUGAYACGGAUUACUACUCUUUCCAAGUCCGUAAAUCCACCAUUUUCGAUUAAUAAGCAAAAACAGGAUCCAGAAGGGAUGAAUUAUAAAGAACACAUAAAUUGAACCUUUUAUAUGGAAAGAUGAAAUACGAAGUCAACAUUAYAUUUGAACAUCAUCUUAUAUUUCUUGCUAAGGAUGUGGUUAAGUAGUCUUGGUUUGUGAUUCUAAAUCAAUUCUACCGUAGAUAGUUUGAGAUCAUGUCCUGAUAAGAUAGAUGUCUAAUUUCCUUUCUUAGUUGAGCUCCAGCUUAGGAUAACACAUUGUAGAUUGGAUGUACAAUACUCAUUCAUUUUGUGGCCACAACUCUGAACGAACUUGAAAUCAAUGUAUAAUUCGGAAAAGAUUUCUUGGAAUUGAUAUCUCUUGGACGUGGCCAUAUGUCUCGAUAAGGAAUGUAAUAUUCAACAUUGUUUAUCAAAUCUACAAACUUCWUGCUGGCUUAAAGUUGUUGCAUUUCAGUAAUUCAUGAAUAAAUUCAUUUAUUGAAUGCCAAUUUUAGUCAAAAGGUCGACAUGCAAGAUAUCAAACAAUCUUGGCAAGGUCAAGAGGAACCUUUUUCCAGAUUACUUUAUAU